UGCCCCUGCCUGCCGCACCCUCCCCCGCUGGGCAGGGCCCCGUAUUUAAGGGGUGCCCGAGGGCUGGCCCUGCUGCCUCGGGAGAGCCACGUUGAGGACAGCUGUCGGGGCUGUGGUACUUACAGAGGGUCUGUUCUGCACGGCGGCUCGGAGCCAGUGAAGGAUGUGGAACCCCAACCAAGGACCGCCACCUCCACAGGUGCAAACCUGCCCGCCUGCCCCUCCGACAUACCCGUACCCAGGGCCCUGCAAUCCAGCUGGGCCCUGCCCUGGCUACCCGGCAGUGCCACCCAGUGCCCCUGGGGCCUGUCAACCAGGACACCCGGGUCCCUGUGGCCCCCCACCACCUGGCCACCACCCGCCAGGCCACCAUCCGCCAGGCCACCACCCACCGGGCCACCACCACCACGGGCAUCCCCCACCAGGGAUGCCCGGGUGCCCACCAGUCCACCCUGGCUGCCAUCAGAAACACCAUAAGAAGCACAAGAAGAAGCACUCCAAGUCCCACAAGCACCACGGUGGCAAGCACUCAAGCAGCUCGAGCAGCUCGAGCAGUUCUGAUUCUGACUGAAGACGACAUGUUCCAACUGCAUGGUGGUGAAGCCCUGGAGGAGACAGCAUAUGAAGACAAAUGUCCCACAGGAUCCACCUGCUUGUUGUUCUGCCCCUUUCUGCCGUCUCUGUGGUCUGCAUUUUGCCUGUCGAGUGAUUUUCUCGCUUUUAGUUUGUAAAUUGUUUGACCUGGAAUCACUGUAAGAGGACAAGCAGCAGCUCUGGCCUGUCUUUAGUGAGAAGGGGCUGUCAUCCCACACUGAGAGCCAUCCCCGAGACUGUGGGUAACAGCACAAGGAAUUUCACGUGCUGGUUGGCAGUCCGUGGUUGUUUAUCCCUCUGACAUGAUGCCAGCUGCUUAAGUGGAUCCCACUGCUUACAGAACUCCUUGAAUUUUUGCGUGAGCUUCUCCAGCUGUAGCAGAAGGGCUAGCUGGAGAAUACCAUAACUUCUCCCUUGCUGAGCAGCAUGGGUUGUACCUCCAUGCUAGUGUGUGCGUGUGCGCUGGGGAGGUCAGGUUUCACUGCUGCAGCUGCGUGUCCUUCCCAGAACAGCUCCUCUCUCACUGUGGUCCUGCUCUCCUCGUAAGGGAGAAGGGAGUAGAAGGAGAGUAUAUGCUCUUUAAAGCGUAUCUGGUCAAGGGCCCCAUUCCAAGGCAACAUGGGGUAGUAAGAAAGAGAGGAAGUGAUAGGAACCAACUCUGGUCAGUUACACUAAUUUAUGAGAACAUAUGGAAAUUUAGGAAUGCUUAUUCCAGCAGAAUAAUCUGAUGGAGGACUGCUAAAGUGGGAGGCAAUCACAAUAAGCAAACCUCCCAGUCCCACUAAUUGGUGAGCUAAUGAACUACGGGGGCCACUUGCAGGAAGGCUGAACGUUGCAGCUGGUAAGAUUGUGAACCGAGUGGCCCCAGACUGGGAGGGUGCAGAAAAUGCAGAGCUCUGCAAGCCCAUGGAGGUGUGCAGGGGGCCUGGGGAACAGGAGCAUCAAAGAGGGGGGACAGGUAGAAAAGGGUAUAAAAGGGUUGGUUGUGUGUAAAAUGGGGCCGGUCAGCAUGCUUGUCUGGCUAAGCCCUUUGCCUGAUCACCACAGUCCUUUCUUCUUGUAUCUUUUGCUCAUUAAAUCAUUUUUCUAACUCUG